AUGGGAAUCGCAAACUUAGAUGAGCGACAUUUCAACUAUGCAUGCCGGUUCGCCAAGGGCAAUAUCGAGGAAGCGAUCAGUCUUCUAUUACUGCUAGAAGACUCGAUCGAGGGAAUUAUCAGACCCUACACACCGAACACAAAACUCCUGGGUGCUGAAAAUAGAAGCAUGGUCACUUGCUACCUGGAUGCUCUGCUAUUUGCCAUGUUUGCUCGCCUCGACUGCUUCGAGGCCAUUCUGUACAAGUCGUUCUCCGACGAGCCUCGACGUAAACUGGUCAUCUUGUUGAGACUUUGGGUGAAUAUGCUGCGAUCCGGGAGAUUGAUCAAAACCGAUAUGACAAAGCACAUCCAGGAUGCAUUGGCAGAGUGUGGCUGGGAAGAAGCUGCUAAGCUUCAGCAGCAGGAUGCAUCUGAAGCAUUUACCUUCAUUACCGAAAAGCUAGAGCUGCCACUCCUCACACUGAAGAUGGAUAUCUACCAUUUCGGAAAGGAGGAUGCCAGCGAUGAUCAUAAAUUCAUCAAUGAACGCCUAUUGGAGGUUGCUAUUCCGCCAGCACCUAUUGAUGGCGGAGCUAUCACACUUGAGGAUUGCCUGGAGGCUUAUUUCAACAACAGAAUUGAAGUUAAGCGAUAUCUCGAAAGAAGAAACACUGUUGGAUCGACUCGCUCAGUGGACUCGCUGUCCAUCUCGAAAGGGCUGACAUCUCAUGUUGAGGAGGUUGAAGACAUGACACCAACAAUGUCGCCGGUUCAUUCUGCUCAAUCAGAAUCACCUCAGAUCGAAAGACCAAGCCCUUGGUCUUCUUUCUCGGAGUUUAGCGAGUCUCUGUCGGCGCGAAGAAUUGGUCGACGGGAUAGCCUAGUGCGAGAGAGAUUUGUGCCGGACUCCCCUCGGUCAGUUGACGGUGCAGAUUCUCCCGCCUCAGAAAAAGGUCCUCAACGCAAGGGUAACUACAGAAAGGAAGUUAUGAUGCCUGCAUGGCAAUUUUUCAGUUUGAUACCAUGGUACACUGAUAAUACACCAACCAGUGAUGCUCAGGUUGCGGCACAUUUCUCUUCUAAAAGGCCCAUUCUUGGAAUGUGCUUGAAGCGUUACUCCUUUCUUCCAAACGGAAAAGCCGUUCGCCUUGAUACGCACAUUGAUAUUCCCAUCGAAAUUGGCCUUCCUCAUUUCAUACAAGAUGACAAUAUGGACGCCAAUGCCCCGAUUUACGGAAACUUCAAGCUUUCUCUACAAGCGAUGGUAUGCCAUAGAGGCAACUCGGUUGAUUCGGGGCAUUACAUUGCUAUUGUAAGAGGCACAACACUCAGUGGGCCUCCCGAUUCUAGGGAUGGCCCAUACCGUGAUUCGACCGAGACACCAAGACACUGGAUGCGAUUCGAUGACCUGGCAGCGGAAAGAGUGACUUUGAUUGAUAUCGAUCAUGCUUUGAAAACGGAGUCACCUUACCUCCUUUUCUAUCAGAUUCUUCCCAUUGACCAGGAUGCAGCCAUGGUUAAUUCUCUCAAUAAGCCACCCUCUUCACAAGCGUCUGACACUACUACAUUGGAUGGUGAUAUGGCUGAAUUCUCCCGGAAGCUUACAAGAUUGUCAGUCGAAAAGACAGAUAGCGUUGUGGAAAACGGGUCAUCUGCGCGACCUAGUGUUGAGAUCACCGGACCAGACGGCGGCCCCCAAGUCUUCAAUAAUGAUGAGCGGCCGGCCAGUGUUGUCUUUUUAGAAGGGAAUGAUAGUGUACCUAAACCCCCUCGGUCUGUGCCGGCAUCGUCUCCGCGACUGACGCCGAUGGAAGAAGACGGACCUAGGGGAUUCCCCUUUGGUCGUCGUGGAUCUCGUACCACAAAAAGCACUUCGGCAAGUCGCGCAGGCAGCCAGCCAGGCGAGAACCGCAUUGGUGCUACGUUACAACGAUUUGCUGAUAGGCUCAGCAAGGACAAGUUCACCAUUGAUAGCGAAGAUGAAGUUGAAGAUCCAAUUUUAGAGGUGGAUGAUGUCGCACAUGAAGAUGGCAAGCUGGGUUCAUCAGGUGAGGGCAAGGAAAAGCCCGGACGAGGGCGAUCCAAAGAAGGUAAACAAAAGGGGAAGAAUAAGGAGAAGACCAAGGAGAAGAACCGACGACCGGAGCGGGAAUGUUUAGUGAUGUAA